CCGCCGACGACGCUACAACCAUGUUUUCAGGUCCAGGUCCGGCGACGGAGGAGGAGGGCAUAUGGUUGUCGCUCGCUCGGUCGAUCCCGAGCUUGCCAACUUUGCAGCGGGGGCUAGGUGUGACCGCCUUUCCCUGCGCCCUUCGCGGGGUCGUGCGAAAACGGAAGGUGGAGUUCGGGAGGCGAAUCGGGCCAAGUGUUCCAGCAGGUGCAGCCUGAGAACAGCGGCGAGGCUAGCAGAGGCGGCCUCGGAAUUUUCGUUUCUUAGAGCAGUCUCGAAGAGGGAGAGGAGGGAGAGAGAGCGAGAGGCUGAGGGUUGGCGGGGGUGCUGCAGCGACAAGGGUUCCAGCUCUUACAGUUUUUUUUUUUUUUUUUUGUGUGUAGUACGUAGUGAAGCUGUUGUCAGUGCAGUGUUUCAGUCUUGAUUUCCUGUCAUUCGAAGUCGGUUCGUUUUUGCGGCGGUUUGCUUCCGGAGAGGUCAAUAGUUGAACUUUCCAGAUCUGCUCCAAGGCGGUGUCCGACGCUCCAAUUUUUAGGCGUCUUCUCCUGAAGCCGAUCAGUAGUCGAGAUCUCAUCGGCGUUUUCUUAUCUUCUAUCUACUUCCUGAUUGCCUGCCGUUGGCUAUAUUGGUAAAGGCAUGAUUUAUUGUACAGAUCGAGGCCAUUUUCUUCAUUGAAUGCUCUUUGCUACCGCCUGCGCUCUCCUUUUCGAUUCUGCCCUUGGAACCAGAGCUUUGCACUUGCCGUCUUAUUCCACCAGGACGCAGCAAAUUGUUGGUUUCUUCAUGUGCGUGAAGUGAUAACAUCACUGCCCAGGGUGGACGACGGCACUCGGCGGUUUUGACUUUCUCAAAACUUGUGUGCAUUGAGAGAAGCUUGUGAUCUUGGAUGCGAGCCAGAAGUUUAGAGGAAACUACUUAAAGGUGUCUAGCUGAAGAACAUAUAAUAUUGCGGAUUAAAGUCUGCAAGAAAGGAAGAGACAACACAUUUAUUUGGUGUGGUAAGCCUCACCUUUCAAACCCUUCGUCCACACUAAGGCACUUAAAAGGUAAUCUGUUCUAUCGACUACAUUGCAAAGACUUGAAGAUCUCUUAUCUCUAACCGAGGUUAAGAAGGAAUAUAUUGC